AUGGCAGAGGAGAAAGUAAUUCGGUUUGGAAUUCUGGGUUAUGCAAGCAUAGCCAGAAGGCUUGCCAGAGCAAUCAUAAUGACACCCAGUUGCUCAGUGUAUGCUGUUGCCAGCAGAUCCGUUGAGAAGGCCAAGGCCUUUGCCUCUUCUAACAACUUACCUCCAGAAGCAAAAACGUAUGGAAGCUAUGAACAGCUUUUGGAUGAUCCCUGUGUGGAUGCAAUCUACAUUCCUCUUCCUACGUCGUUGCACCUCGAGUGGGCUCUAAAGGCUGCCCACAAGAAGAAACAUAUUCUUGUGGAGAAGCCCCCUGCACUUUGUGUUGAAGACCUUGACACCAUCAUAGAGGCCUGUAAUAACAAUGGAGUCCAGUUCAUGGAUGGAACCAUGUGGAUGCACCAUCCUAGAACUCCCAAAAUGAAGGCCUUUCUGCAAAAUCCAGACCUCUUUGGAGAUCUCAAGUUGAUGCACAGUACUUUCACGUAUGCCGGUUCAGGUAAGUUCUUUGAAGAGGACAUCCGGGUCAAGCCAGAUUUGGAUGCUCUUGGUGCAUUGGGUGAUAUUGGAUGGUAUUGUAUUAGAGCAAUACUAUGGGCUAAUGAUUACGAAAUGCCUCAGAUUGUGAUUGCACAUCCCAGGCCUGUUUUGAAUGAAGGUGGAGUGAUUACAUCUUGUGGGGCUACUUUGUCUUGGCAAGAUGGGAGGGUGGCAAAUUUUCAUUGUUCAUUUCACUCUCCUAUGACCAUGGAUUUAAGUUUCCUUGGAUCCAAGGGAACUCUGUGUCUUUACGAUUUUGUGAUUCCUUAUGAGGAGAACACUGCAUCAUUUUUAUCUUCUACAAAUACCAAGUACGAGGAAAUGAACAGUGCUUGGGGCCCGAAGUCCAGUGAGCACAUAGUUACAACAGAGUUUCCACAGGAAACUUUAAUGGUUGAAGAAUUUGCGAGACUGGUUAAGAGAAUCCAAGAUGCUGAAGGAAAGCCUGAUUCUCUAUGGCCCUCCAUCUCAAGGAAAACACAGAUAGUGCUGAAUGCUGUAAAAGCAUCUAUUCAGGAAGGCUUGGUUUCGGUUGCGCUGUGA